CGUAGAUGCCAGGAGAUAGCUUCACCGCAACAACAAGGCGCUGUUGGGCACUUCAGUUUAGUAGUUUACAUGUCCACAUCGGCCAUCGGCUGGUGCAAAUGCCCAUUGAAUCUGUUACGCCCAGCCGAAGCUAUGGUUCCCCUUGUGAGAAAAGGAGCAAGUGACGAAUCAUUGAGUAGUGUGCCUCGGCAUCUCCGCCUAAUCGUUACUGUCUUGCUACUGCUGUUCCCCGCACACACACCCGCACUUCACGCUAGCAAUCGCGUCGGUGUAGCCGUAGACUCCAAUGCCGUCUCACCCACCGACCCGAGCAUUCCCUCUUCCGCCGCUGCGUCGUCUGAUGCCACCACGGAGCCGAUCGUCGGCUCUCAUCGGCUGUUGGGGGAUGCCGCGGGAGGGGGAGCCACGCGGGACGUAGGAAUGCGCGAGCCUGAGCGCGACGGGGGGUUGCGGCGAGGGGCGGAGGCACUAGACGCCUUUCCGCCAUGCCGCAGCCUCGUUCGGCAGCGUUGGUGGCUGCCCGCACUGGCUCGCGCGGACCGCCGCCAUGCUCGCGCUGCCGCUACGGCCGGUCUGCUGUCGCUGCGUGCCUCCGCUGAUGUGCCCCUCGUGGUCGCCAUGGCGGGUGACUUCCUCGCCGGCAACCUGAGUGCGAGGAAGCGCGUGCGGAGCAGCGGCAGGGCGAGCCCCGCUAUACGGAGCAGCAGAAGCAUGCUCUCGUCGCUGCGCCGCCGCCCUCCGCCUCCCGCCGCUCGAGGCUCGCCCGCUGGAAGAACUCCCCCCCCGCCGGCUUCUGCGGGUAAGAAGGCGCCUUUACCCGAGAUCGCGUCACGGUCCCCCGUUAGAACGACUGGCAGAUCGCCGCCGUCUCAGAAGGCGCCGCCUCCAACAGCUAAGAAGGGCAAGAAGAAAAAGCCCGCCUCCCCAUCGCCGCCACCGCCGCGCAAAAAGGGCAAGCGAAAAAGGCCGCCACCGCCAUCACCGCCCGCCGCUCGGAGCCCCCGAAAGAAGAGGCCCCCCACUGCCCCGUCCCCUCCCCCGCCCAGAGGCUCCCGCAAUCCCGCGCAAAAGCCCCCAAAGAGUCCUCCCCCUCCCCGCCCUCCUCGCCCGCCCAGUCCCCCUCCACCUUCCCCUCCUCAGCCCCCCAGACCUCCGCCUUCACCCCCAUCCCCCCCCGCGCCGCCCUCUCCGCCUCCAUUCGGCGUGCAGUCCCCCGACUGCCAGUACGGCUCGGACAAGUCGCUGGCGGAAUGCGCCAUGGGGUACGCGGGCGCGGCGGGAGUGCGCGGGGCGCAGGCGGUGGGGCUGACGCGGUACACGGUGGACAGCGAGUUCGACACGCUGGACGGAUCGCAGAUGGCCGUGGGGUCGCUGCGGUGGGCCGUGACGUACCUGCGCGAGGGCGCGUACAUCCAGUUCGCGCGCAGCAUGGACAUCGUGCUGCAGGGCAACCUGUACGUGCGCUCGCGCACCACCAUCGACGGGCAGGGCUUCCACGUGCGCCUGACCAACGGCACGCUCGUGCUGCAGAACGCCGCGGACGUCAUCGUGCACAACGUCGAAGUGAGCGGGACUUCCAGCGACCUGAUUCUGGUGUACAACAGCAGCAGGGUGUGGGUGGACCACUGCCGCUUGGUGAGCGGGCGCACGGGCACGGUGGACGUGGGCAAGGGCAGCACGGACGUCACCAUCUCCAACUGCUACAUCAGCAACGCCGCGCCCGCCAUGCAGUUGGGGCUGUCGGACGGCGAGGAGGCGGAUCGCAUGAUGCGCGUCACGCUGUACCGCAACUGGUUUGACGCCUCCCCCACCAUGCAGCCGCUGUGCCGCAAGGGCUCCUGCCAUGUCGCUGCCAACCUCUACACGCGCUGGUCCUCCUUCUGCAUCGCCGCUCGCAAGGGCGCCGUCGUGCGCUCUGAGAAAAACUUUUUCCGCCCAGACCCGGUAGGUGGGCGGUUGGAAGUGACCCCGUGGUACGGCGGCAUGCUGCCGACGGACAGCAACUACGACAAGACAGCCAGCAUCCGGUCGGUGGAGGACUACCUGGUGGGGGGCGCCACGUUCCAUGAGUGGGUGGGGUCCAACCCGCUCUUCACGCCGCCCUACAGCCUGGGCUUCUUCCGCAACACGCGCCUGCUGGAGGCCUUCCUCAUGCUCAACUGCGGCCCCAAGUACGACACCCUCGUCGCACUGCCCCCUGCCCCGCCCCCACCCUCCCCGCCACCAUCGCCCCCUCCUCCUCCCCCCUUCCCCCCACCCCCACCCUACGUCCCGCCCCCACCAAUCCCUCCACCGCCCCCUCCGCCUUCCCCCCCGCCAGCACCCCCGCCAUCCUCGUCCGACUGUCAGUACACCGCUGCGGCGUACGGCGCGGGCAUGCUGGCGUGCGCAGUGGGGUUUGCGGCGGGGCAGGCGGGGCAGGCAGGGCUGGCGGGCAUAGUGGCGGUGCCGGAGUACGUGGUGACGCUGGACGAGGACGUGGCCAGCAGCAGCCGCCAGGGGUCGCUGCGCUGGGCCAUCGGCAAUUUCAAGGGCGGCGUGCGCAUCUCGUUUGCGCGCUCCAUGACCAUCCGGCUGGCCGCGGUGCUGUAUGUGAAGUCCAACACCAUGAUCGACGGCAGGGGCGUCAACGUGAAGCUGACGGGGGACGGCAUUGUGGUCGUGCACUCGUCGCAGGUCGUCAUCCAUAAUGUUGAACUGGCAUGUGGGUCGGCGUCCAGCAGUGCGCACGUGGUGCUGUACAACAGCACGGCCGUGUGGAUCGACCACUGCCGCUUCUCCAACAUCUCCAAGGCCGCGCUCGACGUGUCGCGCCUGUCCACCGCCAUCACCAUCUCCAAUUGCCACUUUGCGCCGGGAGCUCCCUCCGCCUCCACGUUGCUGCUGGGCAGCAGCGACAGCGACACGUCGCUCUCCUCCCUCAUGGCCACGCUCUACCGCAACUGGUUCGACCGCGCCCCACCCGGCCAGCCAGUGUGCCGGCGCGGCAGCUGUCACGUGGCGAACAACCUGGUGAGCGGGUGGGCAGGGGCGGCCAUGGAUGCGCGCAUGGGGGGCCAGGUGCUGCUGGAGAACACCCUCCUCACCUCCGGCCCUGCCUCUCAGUCCGUUGUGGCCGCUGCUGCCACCAACCCUCCUGGCACGGUGGUGUCCAUGGGGAGUGUUCUCUCUGGCUCUGCGGUGUGGGGACCAGUUGCUGCUCCAGGCACCCUCUCCUUCACUCCUCCGUACUCUCUACCAUCAUCCCCCUUGGAUGCGUCGUUUGUCCAGUUCAUCAAGAGCAACGCAGGCCCACAUGAGUGGUAACACAGGAACCUACCCAAGCCUCAUGCUAUGCAUAUCACACACUAAAAAUAUAAUUUGUAUAUGUAACAGCAUCGUAACAAUUUGUAAUUAAUUAUUUAACGCUGG